GCCACUAAAUGUCUGUGUGACCUGAGGCAAGUUACUUGCCCUCUCUGUGCUUUAGUUUCCAUUGUCAAAAUGGGGAUGACAGCUAGCACCUACCUCUGAGGGUUGUUGGGAGAAUGAAAUGAAUGAUUAAGUGUUUAGAACAGUGCCUGGCACACACAUGCUGUGGAAGUAAGUGUUUGAUAAAUAAAUUUCUGACAAUCCUUCCAGGUAGGAAUUAUCCUCAUUUUGCAGAUCAAGUUGAAUGAGCUAGUAAGAGGCAGAGCUAGGAUUUGAACCCAAGCUGAUCUGACUGUCCAGACCUGUGUUUUUUCACAUGGCUUUAGGUAUGAGAUGGGAAGUGGGGUCAAGUCUGUGGCCUGGGUGGGACAUGCUUUACAUCAUAAGGCAGCUCUGGACAGUGCCCCCUCUGUCCUGUUGUAGAGACCUGAGCAAUGGCUGUAGCCUGGAAGUAGGUGGAUGGCCACCCCAGUGUCCCACUGUCUGAGCAGGUCUCAGCCUCCCCAGAUCCCAGCUCUCCUAGGGAAGAGGAGAGGACCCCCCUACUCCCCAGAACCCGCCUCCAGGCAGGGCCACGCCAACAUAGGCGCCGGGCUCUCAGUGAGCCAGCAGCCCUGAGCCUGGACAAGGCGUCCAUGCCAAGGACCCUGGAGGACACUCCCUUGCUGCUGGAGCUGCAGAAGCUGCCAGGAUUGGCCAACACAGACUUGACUGCCCCAAACCCCAAUAUCCAGGUGACCAUCGAGGUGGUGGAGGAUCCCCAGGCGGAGGUGGAGAUGGACCUAUUGGCUGAGCCCAGCAGUCGCUGGCCCCAGGGUGCCUCUAGCUGGCUGUCCGCCAAGGAGCUCUUCUGGCCCCUAUUCUGGAGCUACCUGGAGGGCGAGGAGGGGAGGACCAAUCUCAAGGGCAGAGCCCCAGGGGAAGAAGAGGAGGAGGAAGAAGUGGAGGAGGAGGAUUACCCUGCAGAGUAUAGUGAGAGUGAGGACCAGGAGGACAACGAGGAGGAAGAGGAGGAGGAGGAGGAGCCUGGGUUCAGUGGGGCCACAGGCAGCUGGGAGCAGGGCUGGCUGGCCCCUGGGGACUGGGCCUUCAAGGAGCCAGACGGCUAUGACUAUGAGCUUCAAGAGGAGUGGAGCCCCUGGUCUCCCUGCAGUGGGAGCUGCGGCAGCGGCAGCCAGAGGAGGACUCGGCCCUGCGGCUACGCCUGCACUGCCACCGAGUCCCGUGCCUGCGACCUGCCCCUUUGUCCUGGCACUGAGGACAAGGACCCCUCGGGCUUCCCCGGUGAGGGGUGGCCGCCCCUGGCCCACAAUGCUACGGACAUGCUCAACCCAGAUGUGGAUAGCUGUGAGAAGUGGCUGAACUGCAAGAGUGACUUCCUAGCCAAGUACCUGAGUCAGGUGCUGCAGGACCUGCCCAGCUGCCCAUGCGCGUACCCGCUGGAGGCCGUGUACAGCGCGGUGAGCCUGCAGGAUGAGCACCGGGGCCGAAGCUUCCAGUGGAGGGAUGCCAGCGGGCCUCGAGAGCACCUGGACGUGUACCAGCCCACGGCGCGCUUCUGCCUGCGCUCGCUGCUGUCCGUGGAGAGCAGCACCCUGGCCGCCCAGCACUGCUGCUACGAUGCGGGCAGCCGGCUGCUGACUCGGGGCAAGGGCGCCGGUGCGCCUGACCUCGUCAGCACUGACUUCUCGCCCGAGCUGCACUUCAAGGUGGACACGCUGCCCUGGAUCCUCUGUAAGGGGGACUGGAGCCGCUACCACGCUGUGCGGCCUCCCAACAAUGGCCGGGCCUGCGCCGACAACCCUCCCGAGGAGGAGUACCUGGCCCAGUUGCAGGAGGCCAAGCAGUACUAACCAGGGGGCUGCUGUUCUGGAGAAGAUUCCCCUGCACAACCCUCACCCUGCCUCUGCCCAGACCCCGUGAGGCCGGCUGGCCUGGUGCCGCGGGCCCUCUGCUUGUGAACCCAAGGCAGGUCAGCACCCCAGGUGUCGGUGUGGGGCUGGGGACAGGUCGAGGGGUGUACAGGGCCCAGGCUGAGGGAGGGAGCUCAGCCCCCAAGGUCUCUGGGUGAUGGGGGAGGGGGGAAGUGUGUGUCUGUGGGGGCUGCCCUCUCCUGCCCCCUGGGAGGUGCUGUCCCAGCCUGGCCACUCAUUUUCCUCCCUCUCCCUCUGAGCUGGGCUCUUCCACCCUGGCUGUGGGCACACGUCGUGAUUCCCAGGGCCUGUGGUGCCACAGCUGCAUUUUGUCAGGCUGGCAGCCAGCCUAGCAGCCAGCCCUCUUUAUCUCUGAUUGGUUGCGGGAGGCCCUCUUGCCCCACCCCUGCUGGGAGCCACCACAGACCCACACCGGGGCCCUAACAGGUUCCCCUCAACUCCGAGCUGCUUUUCAGUGGACACUACUUUGGUUAGGGCUGAAGUCAACCCGUGGGGCCCAGCAUGGACAGACAGGCUGAGGUGGCCGAGACAGGGCCGGCUCCUGGCUGGGAAUGGGUCAACCAAUUCAGGUCCCUUUCUUUGUCCAGCAAUCUCUGCUCUGUCCAGGUUGUAGGGAUGUGCAGAACUGGAUGGCACUGCCCUGAAUGGACACAGCUGCCAGGUCUGGGUGGGCUCAGAACAGCUCAGGAGGAUGUGCACCAUGGUGAGCUGGUACACCAGUUCUCGGCUCGGGGUUGGCGGCAGGCAAGCCCAGAUUUGGGCAGUUUCUGUGGUGUUUGUAAAGGCUCCCGCCAUGGCCCACUUGGUGCUCCUGAGGUGAUGUCAUUGAACGCACUGAGCUCAGAGCUGGGAAGAGAUGCACAUAAUUGGCUCACCUAGCAAACCUGGUGCUUCUUCCCUGCCUUCCUCACUCCCAAAAUCUUACUUCCUUGCCUUGUGUGGGGUUGAAGGGCUGAAGUCCCCACCAUCCUGUUCACAAAAGCUCCAAAAGGUGGGAACUUCAGCCCCUAGACCGCCACCCUGAAGCUCUUUGUGAUCCUCAGCAAUAAAGCACUUUAUUUUCAAA